UGAAACUUACUCCACUCUUCUUGUACAUCUCUAAGGCUCAACAUGAAGGCUUGGUUCGUAUUUGCUCUCCUUGUCUGCUACGCUGCAGCUGUUGGUCAGUGGGAAGAUCUUGAUGUUAAUGAUGAAGAAGCUCAAGAUCUUGCAAAAAUAGCUGCUAUAACAGUUAACAGGCAGUUUAAAUCUCGCAAUCAUCAUAAAUUAGUCGAGAUUGUUCGGGUGAGAAAACAGGUAGUCGCUGGCUUUAAAUAUGAAGCUAAGAUUACUCUACGUGAAACUGACUGCAAGAAGAGUGAAACAACCUUUGAAGAUGCUAACGAUUGCGAUUUCAAGGAUGGAAGCUUUGUGAAGUAUUGCACCGUUACAUUAUGGGAUCAAGUUAACAAAGAAGAUAAAAAACUGAUACAUUUCUCAUGUAGUUCCCGUCCAUUCCAAUGAAGCUUUAUUAAUAAAUAAAAUAUAGAAUAAUUUGUGAA